CCCUGCGCGUUCGCGAGUGGGGCUGCGGAUUCAGGUCGACAUAACAUACGCCGUCUCUUACACAGUAGUCUGCCCCCGCUGUUCACCUGAGAGACCCGGAGGUGUGUGUUGGGAGAGCGACCCGUCACCGUGGCAGACUGAGUGGAUGCAGGACAAGUGAAGUCUGAGCGCCAUGGGAGCCGCGCUCGGUGCCCUCACCUUCCCUGGGUGGGUUCCCCAACUGUGCAGUGGUGCAACCUGUUUGAUAUGCAGUUGCUGUCCAAUGAGGAGGAACUCCACAGUGACCAGGAUCAAAUACGCCUUCACCUUGUUGCUGGGGACAAUCCUGUCCUCCAUCAUGUUAUCACCUGGUGUGGACCAGCAGCUGAAAAGAAUUCCAGGCUUCUGUGAAGAUGGGGCUGUUGCCUACUUCCCGGGCAUGCAAGCGGAUCUCAACUGCCAAAUCUUUGUUGGUUACAAGGCUGUGUACCGUGUCUGCUUUGGCAUGAGUAUGUGGUUCUUGGGAUUUUCCUUCCUCUUGGUUAACAUCAAGAACCGCAAAGAUCCACGUGACGCUAUCCACAAUCGAUUUUGGCUUUUCAAAUUUGCUCUGUUGGUGGGAAUCACAGUGGGGGCAUUCUACAUUCCCAAUGGGCCUUUUAUCAACACUUGGUUCAUGGUGGGCUCCGGCGGUGCCUUCCUCUUCAUUCUGAUUCAACUGGUGCUGCUCUUGGACUUUGCCUACUCCUGGAAUGAGUCCUGGGUGGACAGAAUGGAAAGUGGGGAUUCUCUGGGCUGGUAUGCAGCAUUGCUGAGUGUUACAGUCCUCAACUACAUCCUGUCAAUAGCUGCAUUUGGGCUGCUCUUCAUCUUCUAUAGUCUGCCUGAAGCCUGCUCGAUCAACAAGUUCUUCAUCACCAUUAACAUGUCCGUCUGUUUGGUGGCCUCCUUCAUCUCAGUUUUACCUAAAGUUCAGGAGUCUCAACCUCACUCUGGUCUGCUGCAGUCCUCCGUCAUUACCCUCUACACCAUGUAUCUGACUUGGUCUGCUAUGAGCAAUGAGCCAGAUGGAGAAUGCAAGCCAAACCUCCUCAGCAUCUUCCAGCGGAUGACAGUUCCCACAAUGGGCCCUCUGGAAAUUGAGAAUCAAACAGCUGUGGUGAUUAUUGGCACAGAGGAACCCAUCCUGUCUUCACCAUACCUGCAGUGGUGGGACGCUCAAAGUAUCGUGGGACUGACCAUUUACAUCCUGUGCAUCAUUUACUCAAGCAUUCGCUCAUCCAGCACCAGCCAGGUGAACAAACUAACCAUGGCCUCCAAAGACUCCAUCAUUCUAGCUGAGGGAGGCAGUAACUCUGAGGACAAGGAGCAGGCACUGGUCCCCUAUAGCUACUCUUUCUUCCACUUCAUGCUCUUCCUGGCUUCUCUCUACAUCAUGAUGACUCUAACCAACUGGCACAGUCCCAAUGCAGACUAUACGAUCACCAGCAAAUGGCCAGCAGUGUGGGUCAAGAUGAUCUCGAGCUGGGUGUGUUUGGCCCUGUACAUUUGGACUCUGGUUGGACCCAUGAUCCUCACCAGCCGGGACUUCAGUUGAUGGAUUUCAAGUGUUUGCAACACUUGAAACCAUCUGAACAGGCAGAUGACACAUAAGACAUCAUGGAGGUGGAGCUGAACAGUUUUCAGCAUGUUUUUCACGGAAGAAUCCCGAAAGAACCAUUCCAAUGACUUAUGUCUGCUACUCAUGGAACUCAGGUCGAGCAUUCCGGUCGUAGUGAAGUGAACAGAUGGACAGCAUGAGGACGGAUGCAGACUGGAAACAGAUAUACUGAGCGUUUUAUUGUCACCAAUUACGUAAAUUGUCAAAAUGUUCCCUUUGCUUCAUUUGGAAACAUGCAGUCAAAAUAAAGAUAUAUUA